GCUGUCCUCCUCACACUCCUGAGUUCUUGGCAAGAUGUGGAAGGAACUGUGCUCUGUGUCCUUUUAUCGGGCUGUCUUCACCGAGUUCCUGGUGACGGCUAUCUAUGUCUUCUUUGGGGUGGCUUCCACACUGCACUGGCCAGUGAACACCCCCUCCGUCUUGCAGAUCGCCAUCACUUUCAACCUGGCUGCAGCCACCACUGUUCAGAUUGCGUGGCAUGCAAGCGGGGCCCACAUCAACCCAGCAGUGACUGUGGCCUUCCUGUUCGCGUCUCGCAUUUCAUUGGUAAAAGCUGCCUGUUAUGUGGUUGCCCAACUGGCAGGAGGCAUUGCCGGUGCAGCCAUACUUUACGCUGUGACUCCUGGGAGUAUUCGAGGAAAUUUAGGCAUUAAUACGCUGCAGAACAACCUCAACGCUGGACAAGCAGUGGCACUUGAGAUCAUUUUGACCCUCCAGAUGGUUCUCUGCUACUUUGCCUCCACUGACAGCUUCCGAAGCACGGGCUCUCCAGCUAUCAUGAUUGGCAUCUCGGUUUCACUGGGACAUGUAGUUGGGAUUUAUUUCACCAGCUGUUCCAUGAAUCCAGCUAGAUCUUUUGGUCCUGCAGUCAUAGUCCAGCGCUUUCCUGACCAUUGGGUAUUCUGGGUGGGGCCUUUAACAGCUGCGCUCCUGGCAUUUCUACUUUAUAACUUUGUUAUUUACCAUGACCCAAAGAGCUUUGCACAAAGACUGGCUAUUCUCAAGGGCAGCUAUGAUACCGAACAGUUGGAGAAUGACAGGAAUAAGCAGAUUGAAUCAAUAUCACUGCCCAAGAUUGUAGAAAGAGUGUAG